AUGGCGACCGAACGAGUCGGAGAAUCUUCCGACUCCAUAUCUCGGCGACGCCCAAAUUUCGCGACUCGAACUGCUCAAGAAGAUGUCUCACGUCUCGACCCGGGGGAAUCGGCCCAUGCUACCUCCGACGAACGUACUCGCUUGCUACCUUGGCCACCGGCUCGAUCGGCCCGUUCGUAUGAGCCCGUGAAUUCGCUAGAAAGCGAGGGCCAACGCCAUUCCUCACCCAUACAUUACCUCUGGGGCAUUUCUCGGUGGUGGAAUAACGGAGUGGACCACGAUCAAGGACAGGAGGCCAGUGGAGACAUCGCUUCACAAAAUGUGUACCUGUCUGCGGGUCCUCUCCACGACUCCCGCAAGGACAAGAGUGGAUAUCGAUCCCGAUCCGUGGAUGAGCCGAAGAAGCUUGGUACAUUUUCCGGUGUUUUUGUUCCAACGACAUUGAAUGUCCUGAGCAUUCUUAUGUUCCUUCGGUUCGGAUUCAUCCUGGGACAAGCUGGUGUAUUGGGCAUACUAGGGCUGCUACUUGUAUCAUACACAAUUAACCUCGUGACAACUAUGUCUCUGUCUGCAAUUGCAACAAACGGGACGGUCCGAGGCGGUGGUGCCUAUUACCUUAUUUCUAGAUCUCUGGGCCCCGAAUUUGGUGGCUCUAUCGGCAUUGUAUUUUAUCUUGGCUAUGUGUUCAACACCGGUAUGAAUGCUGUUGGCUUAGUGGAUUGUUUUACUCAGAACUUUGGGACGCAGUCUGGGGACUGGGCCAACUUCCUUGAGGAAGGCUUUUGGUGGCAAUACCUGUGGGGAACAGUUAUAUUGGUAUUUUGCACGUCAAUCUGUUUGGCAGGGAGCUCCAUAUUUGCAAGGGCAAGUAAAGGGCUUUUGGUUAUACUACUCGUGGCGACCUUCAGCAUACCCCUUUCUGCGCUUUUCAUGAAGCCUUUCCCAAUCCCUCGCCAGGGCGUGGAGUUCACGGGACUUCGAUUGAAGACUUUGAUGGGGAAUCUCAAACCUCAUCUAACCAAGGGAGCUGCAGGGAGCCAAAUAAAAGGACGAGAGAACUUUCAAGACCUCUUUGGCAUUCUAUUUCCUGCCACAGGAGGUAUUUUUGCAGGUGCAAGUAUGUCUGGUGACUUGAAGAACCCGAGUAAGGCUAUCCCUAAGGGUACCCUUUCGGGGUUGGCUUUUACCUUUGUCACUUAUGGGCUUGUCAUCCUUGCGAUGGCGGCCUCGGUGACUCGGGAGUCCUUUUAUAACAACGUGAAUGUUAUACAAGUCGUAAAUGCCUCUGAUAGUGUGAUCCUUCUCGGAGAAUUCGCAACCAGUUUCUUUUCCGCCCUGAUGGGUGUAAUUGGAUCAGCUAAACUUCUUCAAGCUAUUGCGCGCGAUAGCCUCUUGCCCGGCAUAGGAAUCUUUGCCCAAGGCGCGCAGAAAACUGACGAUCCCAUAUAUGCCAUCAUUGUGACCUUCGUGUUCGCCCAGGUUACAAUGCUGUUCGACAUUAAUCGCAUCGCAUCUUUUGUUACCAUGACCUACUUGAUGACUUUCCUUGUGACGAAUCUCGCGUGUUUUCUCCUGAAAAUUGGCUCUGCACCCAACUUUCGCCCGUCAUUCCACUACUUCAACUGGCAGACUGCAGCGGCUGGAACGCUCGUUAGUGGGAUCAGCAUGUUUUUCGUGGACGGUAUUUAUGCAACGGGAUGUGUAGGCAUCCUAGUGAUUCUCUUCCUGUUGAUCCAUUACACCUCGCCACCCAAGCCUUGGGGCGAUGUCAGUCAGAGUUUGAUCUAUCAUCAAGUGCGAAAAUACUUGCUUCGCCUGCGCCAGGAGCACGUCAAGUUUUGGCGUCCUCAGAUCCUGCUUUUUGUCAGCGAUCUCGACAAGCAAUACAAAAUGGUCUCCUUCUGCAACUCAUUGAAGAAAGGAUCACUGUUUGUCCUAGCUCAUGUUCUUGUGACCGAUGAUUUUUCAGCAGCUGUCCCCGAAGCACGUCGCCAACAGACAGCAUGGACGAAAUUCGUCGAAUAUUCCAAAAUAAAAGCCUUCGUCAACGUUGCUAUUUCACCCGCUGCAGAAUGGGGUAUGCGAAACAUUGUCUUGAAUUCCGGACUGGGAGGCAUGAGGCCUAACAUCGUGGUGAUUGACCAAUUCCGGUCGGACCAAUCGCUUGUUGAAACUGUAUCUAUAAACAGCAGCCGAAAAGACUCCAGGACUAGACGCUAUUCGACGCACUCGAGCAUGCGAACCGAGGAGGCCAGGGAGCAUGGACCGACAACCCCGCCCAUGAGCGGGCAGAGUUAUGUCACAAUCCUCGAAGAUCUAUUGUUCAAGCUUCGGAUCAAUGUUGCUGUCGCGAAGGGAUUCGAGGAUCUGGAACUCCCAGACUCUAGCGGCCGCCAUAGUAAGAAGUAUAUUGAUCUGUGGCCGAUCCAAAUGUCCGCCGAGCUUGGGGCUGAUAGUGAAAGCAAGCAAAAUGUGCUGACCACUAAUUUUGACACGUACACUUUGAUCCUUCAGCUGGGUUGUAUUCUCAACACUGUUCCUUCGUGGAAGAAGACAUACAAAAUCCGAGUGGCGGUGUUUGUGGAGUACGAGACCGAUGUGGAAGAUGAAAGAGGGCGGGUUGAGGCUCUCCUUGAAAAAUUACGGAUUGAAGCAGAAGUCUUGGUCUUCUUCCUGGCCUGCGGUGAUCUGCAAGCUUACCAAACCAUCGUGAACGGCGACACUUCGGUCACAGUUGAUGCCCGAGAGAGGGUUAAUUCCGCUCUACAGGGGGAAGAAUGGUGGCAGGGAAUCCUACGAGCUCGUACCCUAGAUCAAGACCAGCAGGAUUCGGAUAGAACCAGUGACAGUCUUCACCUUGAUAGGUCAUAUACCUGGCAAGGACCGUCGAGCCAAGACAGCGGAGCUAAACCCUUGCACCCUCGCGUGACUGGCUUGAGGAAACUGAUUGAGUCGACUCGUCGCAGACGAUCUGUUUCUAGCUUCAGGGCGCUAGGAGGAGUAAACCUCGGGAUGCAAACGCAUCGCUUGCUAGAUGCGUUCGUCGACUACGACAGCCCCGAUAGCUUGAGUGAGAGCGAAGAAAGUGACCUGGAGGCGUAUGUCAGUGAUCCAGAACCAGAGGACGGCGGAGAGGACAUAGCCAUCGCUCGAAAUGAGCCUGUGCCCGUGUCCGGCUCUUCGAGACUCCUUGGCCGGUCCAAGGCUGAUGAUUGCAGCCCAGAAGAAGCCCCACCCAACCCGCUCAUCCCAACCAUAAUUGAGACUGGCGAUAAUGCCUCCCCGAAAAGCAAAUCUCCAGGUCGACCAGCGCCAAUCAGCCGUACUGCUUCCACCAAUCGGUUCAGCUCCUCACCCAUCCCUGAAGCCCAAGUGAACACCGAAGCCGAGGAGGGCAAUGGGCCGUCUAUCAUGUUUGCGGCGCAAAAUUCACCUCCACGAUUUGCAAACAAGCUAGAUUCUAUCUAUGCUCGCCGCCCAUCUGCCGUGUCGACCUCCCCCGGUACUCAUAGUACUCCGCAUGCAACGGGAUACCCUGGUGCGGCAUCGGUUCCAUUGUCUUUCAACGAUCUCCCUAGUCGAGCACAGCAUUUGAUUCUGAACGAGUUGAUGGUCCAGCAGAGUGGUGAUACCGCCGUUAUCUUCACGACUCUGCCGUCUCCUGUGGAGGGUACUUCGCUUAGUGCGGAUGAUAGUGCAUCUUACUUGAGCGAUCUGGAAGUCCUGUGGAAUGACUUGCCUCCGUGCUUGCUGGUGCACAGUAAUAGCAUGACCGUGACAAUGAAUUUGUGA